AUGGAGAGCGAUAUAGCUGUCGGGCCGUUUACGUUCCUGCAGGUAUAUAGAACUCUUGUUUGCCGCGAAUGUGCAUUCGCUGUUCUUGUCAACGAAGUAUCUUCACACCUUGUAAAGCGCCAUCAGGAAAUCACAGCUACGGAACGGCGCAACAUUGUCAGAAAAGCGGCAGAUUUACCCGAUGCCAGGCGCAUUCAAGCUGAUCUACAAGGAUUUUGUUUUCCUCCUCCGACAAUUGAUUGCGUUCCACAUCUAGCGCCGCCCAAGAAAGAUGGUCUGAAAUGCCACAAAUGUCCAUAUAUAGCGCGGCAAGUACAGAAGAUACAGAAACACUGCAAACUGAAGCACAAAUGGGAGAAUCCACAGGGGCCUGGAAGACCAGAUACCAAGCGAAAGAGGGCGAUGCAAAACGAGCUCAGCGGAAAGCACGAAGGGGUGCAUUGUCAGCGAUUCUUCCCUACCAGAUGCACCGGCUGGUUUGAAGUUGGCCGCAAGGCAAUCCCACAAAAGAAGUUAAGGUUCCACCAUAAAGGAGGAUGCAAAAGUCAGCAAGCAACUCGUCAGCGCAGGCACACUGUAGCUACAGAGAUUGCUCUGCAGGAGCAUUUAGAAGCCGCACUUGGUCGUCACCAGCAACUUCUCGACGCUCAACAGCUGGCGCGCAUUUGUGCAAAGAAGAUGGGAAAUGGAUCUCUGGCAGUGAUGUCGCCAUGGCUAGAACGAACUCAGUGGCGCAGGAUUUAUAAGAAUGUACGCCGUGACCUGUUGAAGGCGAUGGUAAGACUACCUUUACGAGACCCUCAAAGCCAACAAUGGGCGGCUGUCAAACUCGGCCAGGGAGUGGCCGAUGGGGAUGCGGAGUUCAUCAGCUCUCAGACUUCGGAAGAACGCAUAGCAUGCAGGCCGCAAACCUAUGGUCUGGGUACUUUGAAGGAGACGGCAGAAUUCGAGGUAUGUUAA